AUGCUCGCGAUGCCGUGCGCUUCGCGCAACGUGCGCGCCCGGAAGGAGAGGCUACCCACCAUCCGAGAAGAUGAAUGCCAAGAUUUGGAGAAGGAUGCCACUCAGGUCCAGCUCACGCUCUGCCGGACUUUUGGCGACCUGGAAGGCAACGUCACGGCUGAGAUCGCAGAUGAUGUCAUCAAAUUCCUGAAGGCGAUGCCGCGGGAGGCCUUCGCGGCGGCCUUGCAGUUUCUGGGGCCCAAGAUGAGGCACUUGGCGCUCAGUGAGACAGGCAGUCGCAUUGUCCGGUGUGCCAUCGACAAAGCGACAUCCGCUGAUCGUCACGUGCUGCUUGCUGCCUUCCGCAACUCCGUGGUGGAGCUCAGCAGGUCGACCUCAGGCCAUGAAAUCCUGGUGCAGCUGAUCGACUGCAUCCCGGUGUUCUCGCUGAACUUUAUGAUCUGCGAGACCAUCUCUUGCUGCGCAGAACUGGCCCUCCACAAGAACGGCUCCGACGUCAUAGAGUCCAUGCUGCUGCACUUCCACCCCACGCAGCUUUCGGACUUCUCCAUGAAGCUCGUGGAGGCGGCCCCGAGGCUGACGCGCUCGCCUUCGGGCAGCCGUGUGCUGCAGACGCUGGUAGAGUACGGGGGCCCCAGCUGCCGGGAGCUGCUGCUGCGGCAGCUGCUGCCGCAGGCGGGGCACCUGGCGAUGAACCCUAGCGGCUCACAUUUGAUUCGCAAGCUGCUGGAGCAGGGGGACGAGACCGGGCAGCUGGUGGCCGGCGCUUUGCUGGAGGCCGUGCGAAGCAAGGCGGUGCAGGUGGUGAACAUCGCCUGUAGCCGCUGCGGCAGCGCGGUCCUGCAGCAGAUGUCCAGCAUUGAGGCGCCUGAGGUGGCGGAGCUCCAAACCAGACUCAACGAGGCGGUGCCUUUCUUGGAAAAGUCCCGGUACGGCCGAAGGCUUUUGCCCGCCUGA